AUGCGUGCGCACCUGCCCGAGCAGCCCGGAGGCGGCAGGGGGACAGCGGGGCCGGGCAGCGUUGGGCAGCCCGCAGGCAGAGAUGCUCGCUGUGCCUGCGGCUGGCAUCAACGUCAGCACCAGCCGGGACGCUCUGGCAGCCCCCAGGAGUAUCCCUGCGGGGCUACGAGCCGGAGCAGGAACAAGUUUGUCGCUCUGCGGGACGCCGUGCGGAGGAGCCCUCGGAAAUCCCCGGGCAGGCAGCGGUGCAGCGCGGGGGAGUGGUGCUCAGAGGGCGGCUGGGCCACCCCGCUGCAGGUCAACGGAACAGAAAUUGAAUAUGAAUUUGAAGAAAUUACAUUGGAAAGGGGGAAUUCUGGCCUGGGAUUCAGUAUUGCUGGAGGAACAGAUAACCCACACAUUGGGGAUGAUCCUGGGAUAUUCAUUACUAAGAUUAUACCAGGAGGAGCUGCAGCAGAGGAUGGAAGACUCAGGGUCAACGACUGCAUCUUGCGAGUGAAUGAGGUGGACGUGUCAGAAGUCUCGCACAGCAAAGCCGUGGAGGCCCUAAAAGAGGCUGGCUCCAUAGUUCGAUUGUAUGUUCGUCGAAGGAGACCUAUUCUGGAGACCGUGGUAGAGAUCAAGUUGUUCAAAGGCCCUAAAGGUCUGGGUUUCAGUAUUGCAGGAGGAGUGGGAAACCAACAUAUUCCUGGGGACAACAGCAUUUAUGUCACUAAGAUUAUUGAAGGAGGAGCUGCACAAAAAGAUGGGAGGUUACAGGUUGGAGAUAGACUUCUUAUGGUAAACAAUUAUAGUUUAGAAGAAGUUACCCAUGAAGAGGCAGUAGCGAUACUGAAGAACACAUCAGAUGUAGUUUAUCUAAAAGUUGGAAAGCCCACCACCAUUUACAUGACUGAUCCUUAUGGCCCACCAGACAUUACUCACUCUUAUUCUCCACCAAUGGAAAAUCAUAUACUCUCUUCUGGAAACAACGGCACUUUAGAGUACAAGGCGUCUCUGGCCCCUAUCUCACCUGGAAGAUACUCACCCAUUCCAAAGCACAUGCUUGUGGAGGAUGACUACACCAGGUCAGAUGCUUUUCUUUUUUUUGUUUGGUUUCAUGGCAAUUAAAAUGAACAUAGGUAAAACACUUAGUGCAUCUCUGAUGGCAUAUAACAUGUAGCUGUUUUCACUCAUGUUCAAGAUGAAUUAAAACUGCUACAGUUACAGAGAAACUAAGGGGAAGAUCUCAUAAAUGCAUGACCUGAAGUUCAUGUUUCCUUGGUGCAGUCCUGCACUUGUUCCUAAACAACAUGGCAACAUUAGAGCAGUGUUGGCACUGAGAAGAGCACUCUGGUUCUUCAGAAUUAACUGUGAUAGUUCCUUACUGGUGCAGCUGGGAGAUCUUGGGACUGGUGACUCAGCUGGCUCACUGCAGGUAUGGGUGGAGUGAUGGUACAUGUGUUUGUACCUGUCUGUGAGAGUACUCUCUGAACAGCCCGCUUGUUUAGUUCUCUGAAAGCAAGCUGAAAUACUCUAUAAUUGCUC